AUGGACGCUUUGAGUCCAUCACAUUGGCUGUGUUUCCGAGAGCAGGACACUCUGACAACAGCUUCACCAAAACUAACGUCUGAACUCUGAAGUGGAGGAAGGAUUUUCCCGCCAUGAUGAAGAGAUGCUCUGUUUUCCAGCGGGGAAAAGUGAAGAGUAUUUUCUCAUACCGCGGAUAAAACACUGACAGACUGCUGAUCUGUGCAGGGUGUACCACGUCUCACCCAGUGUCAGCUGGGAUAGGCUCCAGCCUCCCUGUGACCCUAUGGAUAAGAAGUAUAGAUAUGAUGGAUAGAAUGGCAGCAGCAUGAGCAUGAGCUAUCUCCAUAAUCUUGGAGGCCUGGAGUUUCAGGCUGGGGUGUGAUGGUGGAGGAGAUCAGCAGGAGGAGGGCACCAUGUUGUGGAGGGCUUUGAAGAGAUCUUGAAUGCCAAAGGAACAGGGGCAUUUUGGGGAGCGGCCUGCCCGUACCACCUCAAAGAAUGCCAAGGAUAAAAGUAAUAGUGCCACCCUGCGGGCAUCCCUGGGUGGCUCCCACAUGGAGCAAUCUGGAAUGGGUGACAGGAGCAACCACAUGCUGCGCUGUGACUCAGAGAAGGACUCUGAAAAAGACUCUGGGUAUUCAGAGGCUGGCUCAGACUCUGUGCACACUGAUGUAGACGACCAGCACAGCAGUGUGAGCGAACCUCACAGGGAAAGCAGCAAAAGCUCAAACAGCACCAGUGUGCAUGCUUCAGGUCACAGCAUGCCUCCUUUCGAGGAGCUCACCCCUAUUUAUGUCAUCAAAAAUCUGGUGGUUAAGCCGUCUAGACCUGAACAGCUUCUGCAUGGCCCCCUGGCGUGGGGAGGAGGUUGGCACAGCCUUACCGGUGGCAAAACACCCACCCAGCUCUUAUUGAUCCAACGGCCAGCAAAGCCUGUUUCCUCCACCGCUACCCCAACUCCUUCAUCCAGUCAAGCUGUACCUCGAGGUCUAGUUAAGACAGGAGGCAGCCGCAGCAACCAGAACCACAGUAGCAAGAACUCAUACCUGCCCAUUCUGAAUUCUUACCCUCGCAUUGCCCCCCACCCCAGGAAGGAGAGCCAUGAGGAAAAGGGCACCACAUGGGUGGAGGGGGUUAAGGAGAGUGGCAGUGAAGGCCAGAGCCAGAGCAAGAGAGUGUGUACUGAGGAAGAGAAGAGAGAGGCUGUAUCUACCACCAACCACCUCCUGAAGCCACUGCAGCAUCAACAAGAGGGGAGAGUCCACUCCUACUCCCAGCAUAAAGGCAGAGGAGGACACAGCUCCUUUCCCAUCUUAUCUCACUGUCCUCUGCCCGGCAAUGCCUCCUCAAACUCCAAACACAAGUCCCACCAUUGGCAACAAAACUCAGGCUCUGACUGUGUGGGUUCACCCUCUGUCUCCAGCUCGCAGACACCCUCUCCACCUUCUUCCUCUGACUCCCACUCAUCUUCCUCUCCUCCCUCUUCAUCCCCCUCCUCCUCCACAGCUCACAGCCCAUAUCACCUGACUCCGGACAGCUCAUCCACACGGCAGCGCCGUUUCCUCAACACGGCAGAGAUCCUCAACCAGUCUGGCCUGCUAGCCAUCACGCUACGCACCAAGGAGCUGCUGAAGCAGAAUGCUGCCACAGACAGAGAAAUCACCCAGCUCCGUCAGCACACCCAUCUCCUGUGCCAGGCAGCCCAGGCCAGCCAGAGCAGGAGCAACAAUGGCUCAGACAGCCUUGGCAAACUCCUCCAGGCCAUGACUGAGUCAGCCUCCUACCCUAGCUUAGACUUAAAUCAAGUGAAAGCACUCAGCAGCAGCCAUCUACAGAGCAAGACUAGAAGUGAAGAAGACAAAGAGAAGGAUAACAACACAAGAACCACUAAGACACACAGCAACCCGCUGCAGGUGGUGUCUUUACACAAGAUAGAUGAUGGAACUUCACCACCCUCGCCGCUGUUUGCCCCCUCACCAGACACAGAAGAACCCCGGCAUGCUGAUGAUGCUCUGGACCCCAUGUCCUUCUGCCUCUCUGUUUCUUUUCCCAGGUCAGUCCCUGAACAGGGACGCAGGCAGGCAGUCAUGGACAAGGACUUAAGUGAUCUAACCGUGUUGCCAGAGAGUUCAACACACAAGAACUAUUUCCUCUAGUUUCCUGGGGAAGAGGACGUGGAUCUGUAAUGACUGGCAGGCAAAUGUGGACCUAGCAAUACAGGAGAGCAUGAGUUUUAAUUAUUUACCACACCUGUGUAAACUGGUUGAAAGUUUAGAAUGAUGAUUUUAUGAUUUGAUUUUUACACAUGAUUUUAAGUCGACUGUAACUGAUACAUUAUCCUGCUUUUCAGUCAGGGAUUUACUCAUGCGGGGGGGCACGGUGGUGCAGUCGCCUCACAGCAAGAAGGUUCUGGGUUCAAGCCCCAGUUUGAGCCCGGAGCUUUUCUGUGUGGAGUUUGCAUGUUCUCCCUGUUCUCUCCAGGUUCUCCAGCUUCCUCCCACAGUCCAAACACAUGCAGGUUAACUGGUGACUCUAAAUUGCCCAUAGAUGUGAAUGUGAGUGUGAAUGGUUGUUUGUCUCUAUAUGUUGGCCCUGCGAUGGACUGGCGAUCUGUACAGGUUGUACCCUGCCUCUCGCCCAGUCACAGCUGGAUUAGGCUCCAGCCCCGCCACCCUUAACAGAUAAAGGGUAUAGAUAAUGGAUGGAUGGAUGGAUUUACUCAUGCAUUCAUUCUGAUGGUCACAUUCACUGUCAGUGAUGAAUGUCCUGUAUGUGACAUAAAGCAGUGGGACAACUGGAACAUGUUUACAGGGAUAUAGAAAACACAAGUCAUGUACUGUUGUAAUCAUCACUCAGGUCUGUUGUGGAGAUUUCCAGCAUGUACAUGCUGAGAACAGUCUUUUGCUUUUACUGUUUUGACAGAAGAAAACAGAAUUUAACUAUUAAGCUUUCAGUGCUUAUUAGGGUGUUUUACAAUUGCUUUGGCUCAGGUGUCACAAAAGAGUUUCAGUUUGCGAGACUGUUACUGCAAAGAACCAGUCUGUCUGAAUUGAUCCCUUUAAAUAGAAAAUGCUGUCUUUGCAUAGAGAGCAAAACACCACAUCACAUACUCAGUCCUCAGAACACAGACACCAUUUACCAGCACAAGUUUAAUGUUUCUUACUUUGUGUACAGAUCACAGAGUCAAUGCGACAUGUGUUUAUAAGCAUUUCUCUUUAGUUUAAUAUCAUUACCCUGGUGAACAGCCCCACAGUGUAACUGCUGCUUCACCACUACUGCUCCAGUGUGUUGAAAAAGGGAAAAAGAAACAUAAUUUCUUUCCUUCUAAAUUGUGGUUUCAUGUUAUGUGUUUUCCAGUAUUACUGUAUGACUGUUGCUUACUGUAUUUCAAAAUGAUUACCAUUACAUUUUCUUUACAGUUGCUAACUCACAUUAUUAUAUUUACAUUCCAAAUCUAAGAGAACACACAAUUACUGCAAAUUAUGUAGAUGAGAACUUUUGGCCAAAUGCCACAAGAGGACACGGUGGGCUAGCACUGUUGUAUUGCUAUAUUUGUAACUAUCCUAUUGAUAAAUAAACAAUACUUUAAAGAAAGCCAUACAUAUUUCAUGCUGUUGUCAGUGUUUUUAGAUCAUUUUGUUCUGAAUGAAAAGUGAAAGUGUUGAUCUUGAGAUCUAAAGUGUUUUAGUUGCAUUUUUGAUGUGAGAUUUACUGUUGUGCUAAGCUGCAUGACGUGAAGAGAAGUGUGUUAAAAGUUAAAAUGAAUUCAGUAUAUAGAACUGUGUUACCAUUUGUCAAAAAAUAAAACUAAUUUACAGGUGAUGAAAAUAUCUAAGGUUAGGAAGAAUGCACUGAACAUAGAUCUACUAUAAAAUCAGACUCUAGACUUCAUUAUCUGUAUUUACUGUAACACAAUAUGUUCAGUAAAUACCUAGUUAACAUUUUCUUGAGUCAUUCUUAUCGACAUCAUUUCAGAUGACCUCUGAAGAAACUGCUCAUAACUAUUUGUAGAAUCUUACUGAAAUUACCACUAGCAGAGUUAGAUGAUAAUACCCAUUUUAUUUAUUAAAUAUAACAAUGAUUCAAAUCCAGUGGUAAACAUACAACUUGUAGAGAUACUCAGAUAACUCCUUUUGAAUAGUAUGUGGGAUUUGAGGCCAUGUACAGCAUUAGAAUUUGAGCUAAAGCAAAUGUAAAAUAUUAUAAGUAAAGUGUACGUUGGAGUUGAGGGUUAGCUUAUUCACAGCUCUUAUUCACAAGAUGGGAACAUGUAAUUACAAUCUAAACUGAAUGAACUCUUUGCAAAAUAAACAACAUAUAAUUUUUAA